ACUCUCUUCGUCUCUUCGCUCUCUCUCUCCCUCUCUCUUCUCCCUCUUUCUCCCUCUCCCUCUCUUCUGUAGAUCUCUCCGCUCCCUCUGUCGUUCCGAGGGUCCGAGGGUUUCGUCGUUGCCUCAGAUCUCGCCGUGCCUUCACUUCCGCGUAUAGGCGUCCGCUCUCCUUCUCUCUCUGCUGCUGUCUUGUUAGAUCCGCGGUUGUUUUUGCUAUCGAGCAACCAUGGCAGCCGCCAGCGCUCCGAUCACCAUGAAGGAAGCCAUAACGCUUCCGAGCAUUGGAAUUAAUCCGCAAUUCAUUACAUUCACGCACGUGACGAUGGAAUCAGAUAAAUAUAUUUGUGUCCGAGAAACAUCACCGCAGAAUAGUGUGGUGAUUAUCGAUAUGAACAUGCCAAUGCAGCCGUUGAGGAGGCCUAUUACUGCGGACUCGGCACUUAUGAAUCCCAAUUCUAGAAUACUGGCUUUGAAAGCUCAAGUUCAGGGAUCAACUCAAGACCACCUACAAAUAUUCAACAUUGAGAUGAAGGCAAAAAUGAAAUCACAUUUGAUGCCUGAGCAGGUUGUCUUUUGGAAAUGGAUAACCACUAAGACAUUGGGAUUGGUCACACAAACUGCAGUAUAUCACUGGUCCAUUGAAGGCGAAUCUGAACCGGUGAAAGUGUUUGAUAGAACAGCCAAUCUGGCUAACAAUCAGAUUAUAAACUAUCGGUGUGAUCCUUCUGAAAAGUGGUUAGUUUUGAUUGGGAUUGCACCUGGUUCACCUGAGAGGCCACAACUUGUGAAAGGGAAUAUGCAACUUUUCUCUGUGGAUCAGCAGAGGAGUCAAGCUCUUGAAGCACAUGCUGCAUCAUUUGCUCAAUUUAAACUUCCUGGGAAUGAGAAUCCUUCUACUCUUAUAUCCUUCGCCACUAAGACACUUAAUGCUGGACAGAUCACUUCCAAGUUACAUGUCAUUGAACUUGGUGCCCAGCCAGGAAAACCAUCAUUUACAAAGAAGCAAGCAGAUCUAUUCUUUCCACCUGAUUUUGCUGAUGACUUUCCUGUGGCAAUGCAGAUCUCACACAAAUAUAGUUUGAUCUAUGUGAUCACCAAGCUCGGCCUGUUAUUUGUAUAUGACUUGGAGACAGCUGCUGCUGUGUAUAGAAAUAGGAUCAGUCCAGAUCCUAUAUUUUUGACAGCAGAGGCUUCUUCGGUGGGAGGUUUUUAUGCAAUAAACAGGAGGGGCCAGGUGUUACUGGCCACUGUCAAUGAACAAACAAUUAUCUCCUUCGUCAGUUCCCAAUUGAACAAUUUAGAGCUUGCUGUCAAUCUUGCUAAAAGAGGAAAUCUUCCUGGUGCUGAAAAUCUGGUUGUCCAGCGUUUCCAAGAACUUUUUGCUCAAACAAAGUACAAAGAAGCCGCUGAGUUGGCUGCUGAAUCUCCUCAAGGAAUCCUCCGUACACCAGAUACCGUUGCAAAAUUUCAGAGUGUACCGAUGCAAACUGGUCAAACACCGCCUCUACUGCAGUAUUUUGGAACUCUAUUAACGAGAGGAAAGCUGAAUGCAUUUGAGUCAUUGGAACUAUCCCGUCUAGUUGUAAACCAGAACAAGAAGAACCUCUUGGAGAAUUGGUUGGCUGAUGACAAGUUGGAAUGCAGUGAGGAACUAGGGGACCUUGUGAAGACUGUGGAUAAUGACCUUGCCUUGAAAAUCUAUAUAAAAGCCAGAGCAACACCAAAAGUAGUUGCUGCCUUUGCUGAGCGGAGGGAGUUUGAUAAGAUUCUUAUAUAUUCAAAGCAGGUUGGAUACACGCCAGACUAUUUAUUCCUUUUGCAAACAAUUCUCCGAACCGAUCCUCAGGGAGCGGUUAACUUUGCAUUGAUGAUGUCACAAAUGGAAGGAGGUUGUCCCGUCGACUACAACACAAUAACCGAUCUCUUUCUUCAGAGGAAUUUGAUUCGUGAGGCUACUGCUUUUCUGUUAGACGUUUUGAAGCCAAAUCUACCUGAGCAUGGUUUCCUCCAGACAAAGGUCCUAGAAAUCAAUCUGGUAACUUUUCCAAAUGUUGCCGAUGCCAUAUUGGCUAAUGGAAUGUUUGGUCAUUAUGAUAGACCUCGAAUUGCCCAACUUUGUGAAAAGGCUGGACUUUAUGUGCGAGCUUUGCAGCAUUAUACAGAGCUACCAGAUAUUAAACGAGUCAUUGUGAACACGCAUGCCAUUGAACCGCAGUCACUUGUAGAGUUCUUUGGUACCUUGUCUCGUGAGUGGGCUUUGGAGUGUAUGAAGGACCUUUUGCUUGUCAAUCUCAGAGGCAACCUCCAGAUUAUUGUGCAGGUUGCAAAGGAAUAUUGUGAACAGUUGGGGGUUGACGCGUGCAUAAAGCUUUUUGAACAAUUUAAGUCAUAUGAGGGCUUGUACUUUUUCUUGGGGUCAUAUUUGAGUUCAAGUGAGGAUCCUGACAUUCACUUCAAGUACAUCGAGUCUGCUGCAAAGACAGGACAGAUUAAGGAGGUUGAACGUGUAACAAGAGAAUCAAAUUUCUAUGACCCAGAGAAAACAAAGAACUUUCUAAUGGAGGCUAAGCUUCCAGAUGCACGUCCUCUAAUUAAUGUUUGUGACCGGUUUGGAUUUGUUCCAGAUCUCACACAUUACCUUUACACAAAUAACAUGCUGCGAUACAUUGAAGGUUAUGUUCAAAAGGUGAACCCUGGGAAUGCUCCUUUAGUUGUUGGCCAGCUGCUGGAUGAUGAGUGUCCCGAAGAUUUCAUUAAAGGUUUGAUCCUCUCAGUUCGUUCUUUGCUUCCUGUGGAGCCCCUAGUGGAUGAAUGUGAAAAGAGAAACCGGUUACGGUUACUUACUCAAUUUUUGGAGCAUCUGGUGAGUGAGGGAAGCCAGGAUGUACAUGUUCAUAAUGCUCUGGGUAAAAUUAUUAUUGAUAGCAACAAUAAUCCAGAGCACUUCCUCACCACCAAUCCAUACUAUGAUUCCCGGGUAGUGGGUAAAUAUUGUGAAAAACGUGAUCCCACUUUAGCUGUUGUGGCCUAUCGACGUGGACAAUGUGAUGAUGAGCUUAUUAACGUUACAAACAAAAAUUCUUUGUUCAAACUGCAAGCAAGAUAUGUGGUUGAGAGGAUGGAUGGCGAUCUCUGGGAGAAAGUUCUUAACCCUGAAAAUGAAUAUAGAAGGCAGCUCAUUGAUCAAGUUGUGUCUACAGCCUUGCCAGAAAGCAAGAGUCCAGAGCAAGUUUCAGCUGCCGUUAAGGCUUUUAUGACAGCAGAUCUGCCACAUGAAUUAAUUGAACUUCUUGAGAAGAUCGUCCUUCAAAACUCUGCAUUUAGUGGAAACUUUAAUCUGCAAAAUCUGCUCAUAUUGACAGCCAUCAAGGCAGAUCCUUCCAGAGUUAUGGAUUACAUUAACAGACUGGAUAAUUUUGAUGGACCUGCAGUUGGUGAGGUGGCUGUGGAGGCACAACUAUAUGAGGAGGCAUUUGCCAUUUUCAAGAAGUUCAACUUGAAUGUUCAAGCUGUCAAUGUCUUGUUGGAUAACAUUCAAAGUAUUGAACGAGCUGUAGAGUUUGCUUUCCGGGUUGAAGAAGAUGCGGUUUGGAGCCAGGUGGCAAAGGCUCAACUGAAGGAAGGACUGGUGAGCGAUGCUAUUGAGUCAUUUAUCCGUGCAGAUGAUGCCACUCAAUUUCUGGAAGUCAUUCGUGCUGCCGAGGAUGCAAAUGUGUAUCAUGACCUAGUAAGGUACCUUUUGAUGGUUCGGGAGAAGGCAAAAGAACCCAAGGUGGACAGUGAGCUGAUAUAUGCCUAUGCUAAAAUUGAUCGGUUGGCUGAGAUCGAAGAAUUUAUUCUCAUGCCUAACGUGGCUAAUCUUCAAAAUGUUGGCGAUCGCUUGUAUGAUGAAGCCUUGUACGAGGCUGCUAAAAUUAUAUUUGCUUUUAUUUCUAACUGGGCCAAGUUGGCUAUCACACUUGUAAAGCUGAAACAGUUCCAAGGCGCUGUUGAUGCAGCACGAAAAGCAAACAGUGCGAAGACAUGGAAGGAAGUGUGCUUUGCUUGUGUUGAUGCUGAAGAGUUCCGUUUAGCACAGAUAUGCGGUCUUAACAUUAUUAUUCAGGUGGAUGAUCUUGAGGAGGUCAGUGAAUAUUAUCAGAAUAGAGGAUGCUUCAAUGAAUUAAUCUCUCUAAUGGAGAGUGGAUUGGGGCUUGAACGGGCUCAUAUGGGUAUCUUCACUGAGUUGGGAGUUUUGUAUGCAAGAUACCGCUAUGAGAAGCUUAUGGAGCAUAUCAAACUGUUCUCAACCAGGCUGAAUAUUCCUAAGCUUAUACGAGCUUGUGAUGAACAGCAGCAUUGGAAGGAACUCACCUAUUUGUAUAUCCAGUACGAUGAAUUUGAUAAUGCUGCAACUACCAUCAUGAAUCAUUCUCCAGAAGCAUGGGAUCACAUGCAGUUUAAAGAUGUUGCAGUCAAAGUUGCUAAUGUGGAAUUGUAUUACAAGGCCGUUCAUUUUUACUUGCAAGAGCAUCCUGAUCUUAUUAACGAUCUUCUCAAUGUGCUUGCUCUGCGUGUAGACCACACACGAGUUGUUGAUAUUAUGAAGAAGGCUGGUCACUUGCUGCUUGUGAAGCCAUACAUGAUUGCAGUUCAGAGCAACAAUGUGUCUGCUGUGAAUGAGGCCUUGAAUGGAAUAUAUGUUGAAGAGGAAGACUAUGAUAGAUUGCGUGAAUCAAUUGACCUGCACGAUAAUUUUGAUCAAAUAGGCCUUGCACAGAAGAUUGAGAAGCACGAGUUACUUGAAAUGAGACGUGUCGCAGCCUACAUAUACAAGAAAGCAGGGAGAUGGAAGCAAUCCAUUGCAUUGUCAAAGAAAGACAAUCUCUACAAGGAUGCCAUGGAGACAGCAUCACAAUCUGGCGACCGGGAACUUGCCGAGGAGUUGCUUGUGUACUUCAUUGAACAGGGAAAGAAGGAAUGCUUUGCAUCAUGCCUCUUUGUUUGCUAUGAUUUAAUUCGGGUUGACGUUGCUCUUGAACUUGCCUGGAUCAACAACAUGGUCGACUUUGCUUUCCCAUACCUGUUGCAGUUUAUCCGAGAAUAUACAGGAAAGGUUGAUGAACUUGUGAAGGACAAGAUUGAGGCUGUCAAAGAGGUCAAGGCUAAAGAGCAGGAAGAGAAGGACGUCAUUGCCCAGCAGAACAUGUAUGCUCAGUUGCUGCCUCUUGCUUUGCCUGCACCGCCUAUGCCGGGUAUGGGAGGAGGACCAGGUAUGGGAGGACCGGGAAUGCCAGGUUUUGCACCGCCACCGCCUAUGGGUGGAAUGGGGAUGCCUCCAAUGCCACCUUUUGGGAUGCCACCCAUGGGUAGCAGCUAUUAACACAUAGAAAGCCUAGCAAAAAAAGCGGGAAUCGACUAUAGAUUCUAGGGAGAGUUAAAACCUUGCAUUUAGGGGGGCUUUUCUUACCUUUAUUUUAUGCUUCUCCCAAGUUCCUCGAUGGAUGAAAAAAAUCUUGAAUUUUUGUCUUUCUGUUCCUGUGUUAUAGUGUUGUGGACUUACUUGUCUUGUAAUAUUCUUUUGGUAGCGCAGGCAUUUUUUUGGAUGUUGGUGCAGCAACCUGAGGGUUCUGUAUUUUAAGAUUUUUUUUAAUCCCCUCCACUGUAGCUUUGGCCUUUCAUCAGGAAAUGCUGUUUUUAACGACGAUAAGAAACCAGAUUCAUAGAUUAUCGUUUUUGUUUCGGCACCUUAUAUUUUAUCCGACUUUCAUUUUUGUAUCCCUUAUGGUGUGAAUAAUUCUUUUGCUCA